AUGUCUGACUCGCCCGCCAUCCCCCUUCCGCCGCUGACGCGCGUUGCCGUCAUCGGCGGAGGCGGUCCCAGCGGUCUCGUUGCGGUCAAGCAGCUGUUGGACGCCGGCGUGCGUCCAGACCAGAUUGCGGCUUUCGACGACCGACCCGCAGCAGGAGGCGUGUGGAAUUAUGUCGCUGAUCCGGGCACGCCGGACAUUGCCUGGCGCGAGAACGGAAUGGCAGUGCUGAGAAGCGAGAGGGAGAAGGCGCACCCUGGCGCUCUUGGGCCGGGAGAUAGUAUGGCCUACCGCGGUGCUGAGUUUCCGGAAUCGAACCCCCUCUUUCCACACCAUCCCCAGGUGAAGGAAUACCUCCAAGCCUACUCGAGGGAGAAGGGCGUUAUCCAGUGGAACACGCUUGUCAUGAGCGUGAAGCACAACCCGUCCUCAACGGGACCGGCGGACCACUGGGCCGUCGAGGUCGAGCAUGACGGGAAGCGGCGGACCGAGUACGUCUCGCACGUCAUCGUGUCGAACGGGCACUACAACGAGCCCUUUGUCCCCUCCGUUCCUGGACUCGAUACGUUCAAGGGCACCCUGAUCCACUCACGGUGGUGGCGCAACGCAGCCCAGUUCCGGGGAAAGAACGUCAUUGUCGUCGGUUCCCGUGCGUCCGGAUUCGACAUUGCGCGCGAGCUGGCGCAGGACGACUACAACGCGCGUGAAGCUGGUCACCCGAAUCCCGAGCGCAAGAUCUAUCAGUCUGUCCGCGGCGUGGUCGACAAGCCAGAGUGGGACACGGACUUUCCCUGGUCUGGCGAGAUCACGGUUGUCUCGCAGAUCGUCAAGUGCGACGGGGACACGUUCGAGCUCAUGGACGGGAAGAAGAUCUCGGCCGAGGUCGUAGUGUACGCGACAGGUUACCUGUACUCAUACCCGUUCUUUGAUGGUGCGCCCUUCACCAAGCACCCUGUUACGAAAUCCCUGGCCCCUGCCGAGGAGGGCAUCCCCGCCGCUGGAGGACAGACGAUUAUGAACCUGACGCCUGAUGACGUAUUCUACGCCCCCGACCCGACACUGGCCUUCAUCGGAUUGCGUGAGUACCACAUCCCUCAGAGCUCAGAGGAAUACGAUGAGCUGACGGCAGAUUACAUGGUCAACCCCCUCUUGCUGGGCGAGACGACGGCACACCUCAUCGCCUGGGCGUUUACACAUAAUGAGGUACCGCCUCUCCCACCCCUCAUCCGCAUGACCGAUUCGCCGCACGACAUCAAGGUCGGCUUCCCCGCCGAAUUCGACAAUCAGGAUAACUGGCUGAAGGCUAUUGGAGAGGAAGCUAACUCACAGGGCGGCGACCACCCCGACCACGGCUGGCCGCGCAUCUCGGAUCGCACGAGACAACUGCGCGAGGACGCACUCAAGCUCCGCCGCGAGCAUCUGGGAUACUAG